CCUUUCUUUCCGCUCCCCAUUUUUUUGGUAAAUUUCAUAUCCCGCCGAAAAAAAAAGCCGAACUUUGACCAGGUAUAUCUCGACCAAUCCUUGCCAUCCAUCACCCAAAACUAGUUCUUUGGAAAGCUCUCAGACUACGUAACAACUGUGCCAAUUUUUGUUCCGAUCCGAUAACCCUACUACCGCCAUCUCGACCCCUGAUUACUCGUUUUUUUUGUAAAUUUUGCACUUUGACGCGUAAUAUCUCGACAACCAGUAAUCCAAUCGCGUCCAUCCUUUUUAAUUGUUUCAGCCCUUUUUUCAGACAACCACAUAUCCUAAUUUCAGCCGAUUCGAAAUCGUUAACUUUCCCAUCGCCAUCAUCGACAUUUCGACAUUUCGCCAUUCCCAAUGAGCCAAGAUCUCGAAAUGAGUAAUUUGCAACAUCAGCUCGCCCGGCUAACUAACAAGGUCGCCGAACACGACCAGACUCUCCUUCGCUUUGCCGCUCUUGAAGAACGGCUAGCUGCCGUCACUGCUGAAAACAAGACUCUUCAGCAGGAGAACGCUGAUCUCCGUGCCCGCCUGGCUGAAGCCCUUGCCGCCCCUGCACCCGCUGCCUCCACGCCUGCCGCCCCGACGCCUGCCGCCACCACACCUGCUGCCUCCACACCUGCCGUCCCCAAAGGCACUGAAGCCUCCCAAUGGAGCACAGUGGCCGCCCGUAAGCCCAAGGCUUCCAAGGGCUCUGGUCUUCAUUCUUCAUCUGAAUAUUCAAUUAAUAAAGAAGAUAACUUGGUCUUCACAGAUUUCCUUUUUGCUUUCUUUCUAUUGUGAUCUAUUUCUAC